GGAUUUCCUAAAUAAAUGUGAUCUGCAAGAAAAUGUUGUCUAAAGACAUUCUUGGACUUCACUCCAGCACAGUGACUCAAUAGAACUCAGCUCUGCUAUGAAGUCCACCGCUCUUUUCCUCUUGGGCAUCAUCUUCCUGGAUCAGUGUGGAGUUCGAGGAACCCUAGUCAUAAGGAAUCCACGAUGCUCCUGCAUCAACACCAGCCGAGGAACAAUCCACUACAAAUCCCUCAGAGAUCUCAGACAGUUUGCCCCAAGCCCUAAUUGCAACAAAACUGAAAUCAUUGCUACACUGAAGAACGGAGAUCAAACCUGCCUAGACCCAGAUUCAGCGAACGUGAAGAAGCUGAUGAAAGAAUGGGAGAAAAAGAUAAGCCAAAAGAAAAAGCAAAAGAGGGGGAAAAAACAUCAAAAGAACAAGAAAAACAGAAAACCUAAAACACCCCAAAGUCCUUAUUCAAAGAAGACUACUUAAGAGACCACUUUACCCAACAAGCGCUCGGUGUCUAAACGGCUUUUAGAUCGUACUGAAAAGCCUUCCCUGGUGGAGCAGCCUUUAAUGCAUAAGCUUUAAUACACUAACUACAAAACAUAAAGCGUGAAUUUAAUAUUAUAACUAAAGCUAAGAAGUUAAUUGUAAAACUCAAAUAGUAAGAAUUGCUAGAGGCAAAAACUAUCUUUGUUCUACACAGCCAACAAAAUUUCAUCAAGCCCUUGAGCACAGUCACGAUAAUAUCAAAUCUGGGCAAGUGUCCACACACAGUUAUCCCAUGCACAACAGCUGUCUGGCUUCCAUUUCUCACAGCCUCCGGAGUCUCUGAGGCUCACGUCACCAAGCCCCAGGCCUGUCUGUUUGCUGGUGAGCUAGAUAGACUUCACCAAGCUGGACAGGCCAUCCACAGCUGCAUUUGGGUCAGCCUAGAGACCCCCACACAAAGUGUGUCUCAGAGAUAGGUGCUAAUGGUUUUGGGGUUCUAUAAUGGAGGCCACCAGAGUUGGCUUUCAGAACCUUCCAUGUAGCUUUUGAGAUCAUGAGAUUUCAUCAUUAACUUGAUCCCAUCUUCAAAGCUUAUUCUAAGUUUGUCUCUUAAAUAAAACUAUCCUAAAAGGUUGUGGAUGUAGCUUAAUGGCAGAACACUUGGUGUUGUAUGGACCAGGUUCUGGAGUCAAUCACUAACAGUGCAAAAAAUUAACCAGUUUAAAGAACAUUUUCUGGCUACUCAAAUUCUCUUAAAUUUAUUUCACUUAUUGCUCAAUGUUUCAUGAGGAAAUACUUCACUGUUAUCUAAUUAGAUUUUGUUUGUUGGUUUGUUUUUUUCCUUCCAAUGAGAUUGUUUUUUGAGUGUAGGGGCCAUGGAUUAUUUCCCCUAAAUCUUCCACAGUGCCUACAAGAACUUGGUUUUGGAUAAUUUCCUAAUUGUAUGUGUGAGAGGUGGAAGGGCUGUUACACACCGGGCAUUGGCCAAUCUCUGUAUUGCCUAACUAACCCUUGGCCUCCUUGCUUUCUUGCUUGCUUACUAAUUCUUUUAAGACAGAGUUUAUCAUCUGGCUAUCCUCACAAAGUAGAAAAGGCUGGCCUUGAAUUCACAUAUAUCUACAUUCUGCUGCCUCCUAAAUGCUAGGAUUAUAAGUGUGUGCUACUACACCUGCCUUCCUCCCUUCCUUCUCUCCUUCUUUCUUUCCUUCCCUCUGUCCCUCCCUCCUCCCCUCCCUCCCUUCCUUAGAUUACCUAGCUUUCUUAUUAUCUUCAGGGAUCCUCAAUGCAUAAGCCAGCUUGAGUGAACAAGAAGCCUUACCUUGUAACAGGAGGCUAAUGUCUUUAACAAACAGGAAUCACAUGUUUAAGACAUUUGUGGAUAUUUGGGACUGCUUGAAAAAUACACAGGCCAUCUAGAAACAUAAGCUUAUGUCGAAGACAGGUUUGACUGAUUGGCAAAUACUAGACCUUUCCUCACUCAAACAAAAUUCCUCUACUAUCAUUCUUGAUCAGGACAAGCUUUCUAGAAGUCAACAAAAUAGCUGCCAAAUCCUUUAACAAGUUUACCUUAGGUGAAUAUGAAUUUCCUUGCCAUCUCCCCUCCCUCAUUGAAGAACUCCCAGUGUAUGAUUAUAUUGAUUGCCACAUCAGUCAAGGAGUGGUGAAAUGGAAAGUUUGGGGCUGGAGAGAUGUCCAGAGUUCCAUUCCCAGCACCCACACAUGAGCCUUGCGACCACCUGUAACUCCAGCUCCAGGGGAUCCAUUUCUCUCUUCUGGUCUUUGCAAGCAUUGCACAGAUGUACACAGGCCCACAUGACAUACACACAUAAUUUAAGAUGCCAAGUAAAAAUCUUUACAGAGAUAUUUUUAAAGGACCCAAGAGCUACAGGAAAUAGUAAAUUCUGUUAGUGGAAGCGUGGAUGGGGCCAAGUUAGCCUGGGUGGGAGCUGGAAACUGCCCUGGAGAGGGGGUCCAAUGAGCUAAAUAGAACAGAAUGUCUCUGAGCAGAAGUUCAGUCUUUAGCAUGGUUUUCUCAAAUAUUGCCAUUCCUCGAGCUGCAGGUGGCUUUGAGCACAGCUGCCGAGACUCUCGUCCAAGUACCAUUACACAGUCAAAAACUUGUCCAGCUCCCUCCAGAUAACUUGCUUUCGGAAAAAAAAAAAAACCUGUUUCCUAACAAGUUAGCUGAUGGCCCUUGCAUCUGACUGUGUAUUUUUUACUAAAUAGUUAUAGUGGAUACCUAUGCCUACCGUGUGACUUCAUACACAUAUUCUGGUUUUUAAUUCGGAACAAGUUAGCAUGGAUGCUGUGAAGCUAUUUUGUGAAAGGAUGGUGAUAUCAGUAAACAUGCACUAAAUCUCAAAAUAAACUUGGUUUUUAAAUGUC